CAAUGAUUAUGCAAUCGUAUCUUGUCCCUGUGUCUUUUGGUCGUUUCCCCCUCCUAUAGUAGUGGAAUCGCCCGGCUCCCCGUCAAAUCAUAGGUCAAGAUGGAAAGUGGUGAAAAUGCAGGUGCACACGUCCGUGGCCGGCUCCGUGCACGCUUAAUACGAUACAAAACGUUAUUAUGAACUGACAAUGUGGCUAAUCAUGGUGUACAAAAUGAUGGUGCUGAUGUGAAGUUGUUGAUGCUGUUCUGUCUUCUUACUACAUUGUUCAUGGUGCUUCAUGAGUCUCAUGAGUCAAGUAUAAAGGCAUCCGCUAUGAUUCAUUCCAAGUUCUUGCUCCUCUGCCUUGUGGUGUCCCUGGUAUUCUCCUUCCUGGUAACCGCUAUGCUCAUCAAGAGGGAGCUAUGGAGCUGCAACACAUCACGGGAGGUACCAGGACCUGCUCACAUACCUGCUCACAUACCUGCUGCCAUACAUGCAGAGCUUCCUAGUGCACUGCCCAAAUACACACCCAAGAAGUUUGACAAAUUCACACAGAAAAUGAAGGAAGUUACUCUUCAGUGCAAGAAUGUCUGCAGCGAGCGCGCAGAUGAUAUCUGUGUUCCUUUAGAUCUAGCCAUUUUCAUCUACCGUGGAGACCUGCCAGCAGAGCAACACACCUACGACAGACAGAAACCCAUUGUCCGUCUUCCAUUGAUAGAUGCUACCAAGCACCUUCCCAAGUCCAUGAUAGUCAAUGAAUGCCUGGUGGAGGAUCACUUCCGUGAUGUGCAGCUGCUUCCACACCAGGGCUCCUGUGCCAUUGUGGGCAAUAGUGGCAUCUUGCUGGGCAGUGGCUGUGGUACAGCCAUAGAUGCCCAUGACUUUGUCAUCCGAGCCAACUUGGCCCCCAUUAGCGGUUUUGAGAAGGAUGUGGGCCACAAGGCAAACCUCUCUGCCUUCAACACAGAGACUCUCGUCUGGUUCAGCAGUUCUUUACUAGAGAAUCCAAAGCCAGAAUAUGUGCAAUACAAAGACCGAUACCUGAAUCAUGUACACAGUCUGAAUGAUUCUAUCGUGUGGUAUCUUAAACACCUUCGCCCUCCACAUGACGAUAUGUUCCGAAAUGUCACAAAUGCAAUCCGACACUUCAAGAACUCCAAAGCUCGCUUUGCCUACAGUUGGAAACCAAUCAGUAUAGAAAAGAAAUGGAAUUUAUCCAAGAGAGGUACUCUGGGCUUUGACAUGUUUGUGGUUGCCCAGACCUUCUGCACCAGCAUCAGUCUGUAUGGCUUCUAUCCCUUCCAUAAGGAUUCCAAAGGAAAAUCCAUCCCACACCACUACUACGAGGAAAUGCCUGAAUUCAGCUACCAGGAAAGCUCACAUGACUUCAGCUUGGAGUACAAAAAGCUUCAGGAGCUGGAUGCCAAGGGGGAUCUUAAGCAUGUUGUAGGGGUCUGUAAACCUCAUGCAGAGGACCAUGGUCAUAGUUCCUAAGGGAUUUAUCCAAAUCUGGCCUCCAUCUCCAGCUUGGGUUGGAGGCUACAGCUUCAUGAGUUAGUAACCCUGACACACGAUAGGCAUCAGUGCUGGGUCCAUUGUCUGCUUCUUGGACUCAUAGUUUGAGGCCCGUAAUUUGAGGCUAAAAUGUUCACUUGAUGUGAGAAUAAAAGGCUUCAAAAUGAUUCUGGAGCUUGAAAUGAAGCAAAGCCUCAGGUGAAGCUGAGAUUUGAAAAAAAACCUAUGAAUUUGACAGAGUAAAGGAUUAGUUUCCAACUCUGUUCAUUGACAUUUUUGAAAAAUCAGGGAUAAGUUCAGGAGAAAUAUUGUGCCCAUCUUGAGCAAAUUCCAUGCCUGAAAACCAGUAAGUGCUUACACAUGUGUUGCGAGGGAUGAAGGCUUGAUUGUACUUAACUGCUUGAUGUCUCUAUGAAAGGGAAAAAACAUGUGAGGCUUUCUGGCAAAAAUGAGACAAAACUGGGCACAGGCCGUAGUGGAAAAAAAAUGUAAAAAACUAAAUGGGGGUAUUUUUUUUUCUUCAAUUUUUCAGAUCUAUUGAUACAUUGUCUUUGUAAUCUUUGAUAUGUCUACUACACAUAUUUUAAGAAAUAGUAUAAAAAAUCUUGGAAUGAAAGUGUUUUUAAGGAAAAAAGUUGGCAUUUUUCUUUUUUACAACUUUAAAGGUCUUUUUCUCGGUGUUUUGACAUUUGACAUAAAUCUUAAAUUAAUCACAGAUCAUUUUCAAAUGUUUGAUCAUACCACUUUUACAACAAAUUCUAUGGUACAUGUAUGUAUUCAUUUGUAUUUUCUUACUUGAUGUUACACUGAAGUAUUAUAGAACAUUUUAAUCAGUAUUUUGAUUGCAACUUGCCAUUAAUCAAAGCUUGGAAAUUCAACUGUUAAUUAUGCAGCAAAUAUCCUAUAAUAUUUAUUGGUAUUGUAUCUUUAAGUGUUUUGGCUGAAUAUUUAUUCCUCUGAAAAAUCACUCUUUUUUAACUUAUUGUAAAAUUUGCUAAGUGGAUUCAACACAUUUAAUUCAAAGAAUCAAAUGGGGAAAAUAAACAAAUACAAUAAACAAAACAAAGCCACCAAGUAGAGUGUAGGUAAUAAUAAUUAUAGGUAGAGUUGCUAAAAGUUACCGGUUUAGAAUUAUGCAUGCAUAAUUUAAAAUAUAUUUUGACUAGGAUUUUGUAUAAUCUAUGGGCAAUUCCACGCAAAAGUGGACGCACCUGAAAAGUAGAACAUUGAAAUCUUCAAAACUACAAACAUUACAACCUCAAAUGUGGUAUCAAAUGAAAGGGGCAACAAGACCUUCAUUUGAGUGAUGUGCCAGUGAGAUAAAGUGUCAUAAUUUUUAAGUGUGUUUAAAAAGUUUUAAGUGUUUUUUGUCUUAACUGGGUUAUUUUUAAGUAUGGAUUUUUAGUAGUCAUUUUGGCACCUUGUUUUUACAUGUAAAAUGCAAGGGUUAUUAUGAGUUUUUGUUUUAAAGGAGAGAAAUAUUUUCUUUUUUAUGCCAAAAGACUUUUUUUAUUUAUUAGUUUCUGAUAUGUUUUAACUUGUACCAAAGAAGGGCAGACAAACUGUAACCGUAAUGCGAGUAACCCGCCUUUUUCUUUCUAUCUGUACCUGAAUUUGGUCUACAUUAUUUAUUAUCCAUAUUUAUACUUUUGUAUGUUAGAUAUCUUGUAAAAAUACUCAUUUGGUUACUGCAGUUUCACUCGAAGGGAAACUACUGAAUUAAAAGUUAGGCAAUUUGUGAUGGGCCCUUUUUGUGUAAUGCAGGUAGCCACAUUUCCAAAGAUUUCCAUGGUUAAACGAGUGUACAUGUUUGUGAUGUCAUCAGCGACGAUCAGGGAAAAGCCUUGAAUACGCGGUAUUGUUGAUGCAAAAAAGUAAAAAGAUAGUACAACUACAUGUAGUAAGAAGCCCACAAAUCUCUGCAUGUAAUAUGAUGCCAAAAAGUGUAACGCCAGGUACCAUGGAAUUGCCCAGAUGGAUCAAGUUUUUUUCGUUGUUAAUUGUGAAGUACAUACAUGUACCAAGGUCAUGUAUUAAGAGGAAUGAACUCAAUUAGUUUCACAACAUACAUUAAACUGUAAAGACUUGAUAGGUAAUCCUUGUUAUUACAUAAAGCUAUAAUAUUGAACUCAUAAGAAUGAGUUUAUAUUGCAAUGAAGAAUGUUGAUGGGUCAAUAUCCAGCCUAUCCCAUUGUGUUAUGUGUCCUUCCAUAAUUUCUCUUACCAAAAACUAACCAAAAGGGACUGAAUAUUUCCCCUCGUAAUCAGACGUAUAAAUCCGUCAGCUCUCCCAGAUAAUUGGAGUUCAAGAGUUUAUGUGUACAGCUACCUACAUGUGCUUCCAAAUGUGACAUUUCCAGACUCAUGAUUGGACAGUAAUUUUGUUGUGUGAUUUUCUGUUGACUACAGUAUUAUCAAUAUGGAUUAUGUCGAAUGUAAAAGUGUACUUUAAUUAAGUAUCAAUUAUGGAAUGAGUAUUACCUGUAAUGUGCCUUUUUAAUUAUUUAUUCAUUAGGUGGUUUAACCUAUGUAAUCAAUGAUUGUGAUACAAACCAAAUUGUUUAGGGUAGAUUUGUUUUUCGAGAACAACUGUAACAGAAACUGUAGCAUUUGUGUACGUGGACGCAGUAAAUAAUGAAGCAAACAA